AUGUGCAUUGAUCAGCGAUCACUUACAGAUAUCAUAUGGAGCUGCUUUACCACUAUCUUCGCUUGCACUUGGCUGUCAGUACACCCCAACAUGCCAGGUCCUGAUGAAAAGUGUUGGAAGACUGUCCUUCGGAGACUUGAAUUAAUGCUCUGGUCUCUUAUCUGCCCUGAGAUGAUCAUCUGUUGGGCUUGCAGGCAAUGGUUUGCUGCACGGAGCUUGUGUGAUGAAUAUGGUGGGUUGGGAUGGACAAAAACACAUGGUUACUUUCUACAGAUGGGGGGAUUUAUGCUCAUGGAUGGAGACGAAAUGGUGGGCGUUCUCACGCCUGAGAUGUUCCGUGACCUGCUUCAGGACGGCAUGAUUGCCUUCCCCUCGAUUACAGAGGAAGAAAUUGAAGACAGGAGCAAGGCUGACGGCCUGGCCAAGGGAAUAGCGGUUUUGCAAACCGUAUGGUUCAUCGCCCAGUGCAUUAGUCGAAAAGCGCAGGGACUGAUCACCACUGAAGUCGAACUAAUCACGCUGGCUUUCGCUGCCCUCAAUGGAAUAUUAUAUUUCUUGUGGUGGAACAAACCUCUCGACGUCAAGUGUUGCGUGCCAGUUCCCUACGAAGAUUGCGAGCCUGUGAUGAUUCCCUCCUAUACUAAGCCUAAAAGGUUGACUUGGCGAAUCUUUGGCAUGUUUUUCAAAUCUCCUGGCCCGGAGGAAUCUACAGCUCGUGAAACCGCCAAGGUUCCUCACUCUAACCCUAAAAAAUCGACUCAGAUCUUUUCCAGCAUCUUUUCGUGGGGUCAUACGUGGUUUUUGAACUCCCUUGGUCAUUUAACGGGUUGCGCAGCUAUGGACACCAUCACACUUGCCACCACCUGUGCAUUAUUUGUGAAGAAGGCUUUGGUGGAGCUCCUGUUACUUCCAUUCAGAGCGAUCCUGGUGAUUUUGCUCAGGUUCCAGGACUUCCACAGAUGCGAUAUGGUUGAUGAGGAUGCCAUCCGGGUUCCAACAUUUUACGCACCUGCCAACGAUGACCAUGGAUUCUUUAGGGUCCGCAUAACGACCCUGAUCGUUGCGACGAUCUUUGGAGGCAUCCAUUGCGCUGGCUGGAAUUUUCCCUUUCCCUCUCACGCAGAGCUGAUUAUCUGGCGUGUAUCCUCUUUAAUCAUUGUCAUUGUUCCGUGGACUUUUGUGCCUCUACUUGUGACGGGGUUUAUGGGGAUAGAUACAAUUGCCACCAAAGUUUACACCAUGGUGUCCUACUCUGGCGCUGUGAUUUAUGUUCUCGCACGGCUCACCCUCUUUGUCGAAGCUUUGACCGCCCUGAGGCAUCUUCCCCCGGGGGCAUACGCUGUAGUCGAGUGGACCGCCCUUUUACUCCACAUGUGA